GGGAAGUCAAACGGCUGGUGUCGCUUCUCUUCCGGUGUCGGGAGUGACGCUCAAUGGCGCCCUGCAGUCAUGCAGAAAGCGGACAAACAGCCCGGAGAAACAAGGCAUCCUCCGCCUGUGAAGGUCCUCUCCUCGCAGCUGAGGAACGCAGAGACUCGCGGUGACAAGGUGGACGGAUGUGUGCUCAAAGUGAGUCGCGGUCAACACCUCCGGGUGUCGCUGGUGUGGCUGCAGGGGACGGUGGUGGAGGUCCAGUCGGAUCAGAACACCCUGCUGCUGAUGGAUGAGACCGGGACGUUUGUGAUCGAGGGAGUGAGGAAUGUGCCGAAAGGGAAACCGUGUUUGUCGCAAGGUAAAUACGUCAUGGUGAUGGGGACCGUGCAGAGCGUCUCCCCGGUGCCGCUCAUCCACGCGGUGAAGAUGGCAGAUCUGUCGGACCUCGCUGCUCUGCACCGACACAUGUGGAAGCUGGAGGUGGAGGAGCUGCAGCGCAUUCUGACGUCAUGAUGGAGCCGGAAGCGUCGAGAUGAUUUAUUUUAAUGAUCACUGUCUGCACCAUUUAUGUUUUUAUUUUCAUUCUUAAUGUGUUUAUU